AUGGGUAUUCUCAACAAGGUCGAAGAAGCCCUGUCGGGAAAUCACAACUCCAGCAGCACUACCAAGACCACUACCACUACCACCACCACCAGCGCCAACAACGGCCCACACAACUCCGCCCUAGCCAACAAGCUGGAUCCUCGUGUUGAUAGUACUCAAGCCAGCUCAACCCAUGCCCAUCCCCCAGGUGGCACGAUCGGCCCUCACGACUCCAACAUGGCCAACAAGCUCGAUCCUCGCGUGAAUGCGAACGCAGGAAGCCGUGUACCUGCGCAGAACAUCACACACAGCACCGGCCCAGCUUCGACAACCGCAGGUCCCCACCAUUCCAACAUGGGCAACAACGCUGAUCCUUUCAUCGACUCAGACCUUGACAACAGCGUUCGCCCAGGUGGCCAUGCUCAUGGUACAGAUGUCCACAGAGAGCCCGCUUCAGGUGGAUUUGGAUCAAGCAAGUGGAACCAUGGGCCAGCUCCAAACACUGCAGGACCUCACAAGUCCGACAUGGUGAAUAAGCUUGACCCUCGCGUUGAUUCCGACUUGGACAGUCACGGUGUCCAUGGAGGAAACUCCUUGAGUACUGGUCCUGCUUCAACAACUGCUGGUCCACACAGUUCAAACCUAGCCAACAAGGCCGACCCUCGCAUCGACUCUGAUAUGGAUAAUCGAGCUCAUCAUCAGGCUAUUGCAGGAAGCAGCUACGGCAAUCCUACAGUCGACCAUACCCCCGGUAUGACCUCUCAUAACCCGACUCACAAGGUUGCGGAUCCUCGUGUGGAUGCUGUCCCUGAGAAUCGAGUGUCUGGUACUGGUAACCAGCGCUUUUUCUAA